AUGGCGCCUGGCAAUUAUGCCUUGCCGGCGAACUUGACUCAGCAGCACGUCCAAGAGGUUCUGCAGAAAUUCAAGCAGAUGCAGGAGCAAGGUGUCAACCCUAAUGACCCUGAAUACAUCAAGGCCCACCAGCUUCUUGCGACUAUCCAGCGCCAGCAAUUGAUGAAACAGAAGCAGCGCCAGCAGCAGGCUCAACAAGUCCAGCAGCAGGUCGCCCACCCGGUGAAUGUCAACCAGAAUGGUGCCGGCCCAGAUGCCGCCACCAAUGGGGUACACGCCCGGAACGUUUCGACUUCAUCCAUGACUGGAGCUCUUCCCGACGCACAACCCGGUACCGCCCAGUCAAACGCAAACCGAAAGGCUGCAACGGUUGGCAGUGGAAGCUUUUCGCCAGAGCAACUGGCUACCCUUCGGAACCAAAUAAUGGCUUUCAAGACGCUUUCCAAAAACCAGCCCAUUGCACCGGCUCUCCACCAGCAGCUGUUCCCGAAUAAGAAGCCCCAGACACCCACCAUUGCGGAUAAAGUCGCUUUGGCAGAGAAGGUCGUGGACGGGUCUGAUAAGAACGCCGCCGGAUCAACCACCGAUGUCGAUGGAGUGAUUCCCGGCAAGGACUCGUACAGCAAAUUCCAGCUGGAUGAGACCGUCCUCCACAAGCUUAUCAGCUUCGAGGGCCACAAACACCGCAUCAAUCGCCCCCGCAUUCCUGCUUUCGAAUGCAGCGGCAUCGAUUGGCGCCAGCUCCGUGAGAAUCGCGAAACCGUUGUUUACAACCGCAUGUCGGCUCGUAUGAAGGAACUUGAGAAGCUUUCGGCUAACAUUGGUGUUUGGGACACCAGCAAAAGUGACGCGCCCACGGGCGAUGAUUCGCUGAAGCUGAAGGCUCUCAUUGAGCUCAAGUCGUUGGGUCUACGGGCUAAGCAGCAGGCGCUGCGUGAGAAGAUUCGCCGUACCGGAUUCGACGCCAGCGAGACGAACCAGACGAAUCGUGCCGUUCAUCGUCGUAUGAAGCGUCCCUCGUUGCGUGAGGCGCGGAUCACUGAGAAGCUCGAGAAGCAACAACGGGAUGCUCGCGAGACGCGGGAGAAGAAGAAGCAAUACGACCAGCUUCAGGCAAUUGUUAACCACACUGCCGAAGUCUUCAAUGCCUGCGCCGCAAGCCGCAAUCGUGCGACCAAGCUUGGUCGUAUGAUGGUCCAGCAUCACCAGCACAUGGAGCGCGAGGAGCAGAAACGCGUGGAGCGUACUGCCAAGCAACGUCUGCAAGCGCUGAAGGCCAACGACGAGGAGACUUACUUGAAGCUCUUGGGACAGGCCAAGGAUUCGCGUAUUUCGCACUUGCUUGGACAGACCGACAAGUUCUUGAAGGAACUUGCCAACUCCGUCAGACAGCAACAGCGCAACCAAGCCGAGCGCUAUGGCGACAACGAAGACUUCGAGGACGAAGAGGAAGAGUUGGCUGACAGUGACGAAGAUGAUGAUGGCACCUCUGGAAAGAAGAAGGUUGAUUACUAUGCCGUGGCUCAUCGCAUCCAAGAGACGAUUACCGAGCAGCCGACUAUUCUGGUUGGUGGUACACUCAAGGAAUACCAGUUGAAGGGUCUGCAGUGGAUGAUUUCGCUCUACAACAACAACCUGAACGGUAUCCUUGCGGACGAGAUGGGUCUCGGAAAGACCAUCCAGUCCAUCAGUUUGAUCACCCAUAUCAUUGAGAAGAAGAGGAAUAAUGGACCUUUCCUUGUCAUCGUGCCUCUUAGUACCCUGACCAACUGGAACCUGGAGUUCGAGAAGUGGGCACCGUCAGUCACAAAGGUGGUCUACAAGGGUCCUCCUAAUGCUCGCAAACAGCAACAACAGCAAAUCCGCUGGGGCAAUUUCCAGGUUCUUCUUACCACCUACGAGUACAUCAUCAAGGAUCGUCCUAUUCUCUCCAAGAUCAAGUGGGCGCACAUGAUUGUGGACGAAGGUCAUCGUAUGAAGAACGCCAGCUCCAAGCUGAGCAGCACCUUGUCGACAUACUACCACACCCGCUAUCGUUUGAUUUUGACCGGUACGCCCCUACAAAACAACCUGCCUGAAUUGUGGGCACUUCUCAACUUCGUCUUGCCGAACAUCUUCAAGUCCGUCAAGUCGUUUGAUGAAUGGUUUAACACCCCAUUCGCCAACACUGGUGGUCAAGAUCGUAUGGACCUGACUGAAGAAGAGCAGCUGCUCGUUAUUCGUCGUCUGCAUAAGGUUCUUCGUCCAUUCCUGCUCCGUCGUCUGAAGAAGGAUGUCGAGAAGGAUCUUCCCGACAAGCAAGAGCGCGUCAUCAAGUGCCGCUUCUCUGCCCUGCAGACCCGGCUGUACAAGCAAUUGGUCACCCACAACAAGAUGGCCGUUAGCGAUGGCAAGGGUGGUAAGACUAAUGUGCGCGGUCUCAGCAACAUGCUGAUGCAGCUGCGCAAGCUUUGCAACCAUCCUUUCGUUUUCGAACCCGUUGAAGAUCAGAUGAACCCCAGCCGCAUGACCAACGAUCUGCUUUGGCGAACAGCCGGAAAGUUCGAGCUGCUUGACCGAGUUCUGCCCAAGUUCCGUGCCACCGGCCAUCGUGUCUUGAUGUUCUUCCAGAUGACGCAGAUUAUGAACAUCAUGGAAGAUUUCCUUCGCAUGCGAGGCCUAAAGUACCUCCGUCUGGACGGUUCCACAAAGUCGGAUGAUCGUUCGGACCUUCUCAAGGUUUUCAAUGAACCCGGCUCUGAGUACUUCUGCUUCUUGCUUUCUACCCGUGCCGGUGGUCUGGGUCUGAACUUGCAGACCGCCGAUACUGUCAUUAUCUACGAUUCCGAUUGGAAUCCUCACCAGGAUUUGCAAGCCCAGGAUCGUGCCCAUCGUAUUGGACAGAAGAACGAGGUUCGCAUUUUGCGACUGAUCAGUUCUAACUCCGUUGAAGAGAAGAUUUUGGAACGUGCCCAGUUCAAGCUCGACAUGGACGGCAAGGUCAUCCAGGCUGGUAAAUUCGACAACAAGUCCACCAACGAAGAGCGAGACAAAUUCCUCCGCAACCUUUUGGAGUCUACGGAAGAUACGGAACAACUUGGUGACCAAGAGGAGAUGGAAGAUGAUGACCUGAACGAGAUCAUGGCUCGUUCUGAAGAGGAGCUUGCCAUCUUCCAACAGAUGGACAGAGACCGUGAGAAGACUGACGAAUACGGUCCCGGUCGUCGUUACCCUCGUUUGAUGUGUGACGAGGAGUUGCCCGACAUCUACGUGCAAGAGGACGCUCCAAUUGCCGAGGAGCCCGUGACCGAGGUUUACGGUCGUGGUGCUCGUGAACGCAAGGUCAAGCGGUAUGAUGAUGAUAUUCCUCUUGAGGAGUGGACCAAGCUCGUGGCCGAGUGCGAGGAAACCGGCGCGUCAAUCGAUGACGUGGUUGAGCAGUACUUGCAAGAACGAGAAGAUCGCAAGGUUAGAAAGGAGAAGAGGAAGCUCAAGGCACAAGGUGUGGUUGAAUCGUCGCCUGAACCCGUCGACAACGACGAAACUCCUCCACGAAAGCGUCGUCGUGGUCCUGCUCCCUCCAAGCGCAAGGCCGAAGAGGUCGCCGAGGAGACUCCACAGCCUAAGCGCAAGAGGGGUCGUCAGCCCAAGAUUCCGGAUACCCUCAGCAGUUCCGACCGGUCCAUCUUGACGAAUAUUGUCAACAGCGUGAUGCAGUCUUUGAAGGACAUGACCGAAGAGGUGGAGCUCGACGACUCUGACGGCGAGGAAGGAGGCACUGUCCUGCGUUCGAUCAUUGAACCGUUCAUGAAGCCGCCGCCCCGUUCGCAGUACCCCGAUUACUACAAAAUUAUCCAGAACCCCAUUGCGGUGGAGAUGAUCGAGAGGAAAAUCAAGCGUGACGAUUACCAGAGCAUGAAGGAGUUCCGGGACGACAUUCAUCUUCUCUGCCAGAAUGCUCGGACAUUCAACGAGGAUGGAAGUCUGCUGUUCCAGGAUGCCAAUGACAUUGAGUCUAAAUGCGUGAGCGAAUUGAAGAAGCUGACCGCUGAUCAUCCCCAAUUUGCCAACUUUGAUGGCACCGACUCCGUCGCCGGCGAUGGCCAGUCAGCGGGUGCUCCCUCUGGCACCGCAACUCCUCAAACUGCCGGCACUCCUGGUCCCAAACUGAAGCUUACGUUCAACAAUCCCAAUGCCGCCGAAAGUGCCACCAGUGCCGCCACGAGUACUGUGAACGGCGCUGACGCUGACGAAGACUGA